AUGGCCUCUAUUCAGACUUCGGAAUGCUCUGUAUGCUAUGAGACUAAGCCGCUAACCGAAUUCCGACGAAAUCCAUUAACAAGGGAUUGUAGUCAUGCUUCAACUUUAUGCCUCGGAUGCGUUUCAUUAUCUAUCAACUCUCAGAUCAGAGAUAAUGUUAUAGAAAAGAUUAGUUGCCCCGAGUGCAGAGAGGAAUUGGGAUUCGCCGAGAUCCAAAAGUUCGCUGAUAAGGAGUUAUUCUCUCGAUAUCAUAAACGUGAAAUCGAUAGCCUCGUAUCCAAGGCAGAAAACUUCAUAUGGUGUCCACUCGGAUGUGAAUCGGGGCUGAUUCAUUAUGCGGGAAAUAAACAACCGAUUGUAUAUUGCCCCAGGGACAACCGUCAAUUUUGCUUCCGUCAUCGGAUACCCUGGCAUAGUGAACAUACAUGCGAUGAGUACGACGCAUUCCUUGAUGAUCCCGAACACUUCCGUAGCCAAGUUCAGAUACAAAGAGAAGUCUACCGAGUUCAAGAACUUGAUAGAAAGAGAUCCCGUCAAGAAUACGAGGAAGCCGAAGAAUUCUGGAGAUGGCUACAAGAGGAAGAGGCUGCCAAGGCUAGUCAAAGAGCUCACAACAUACGCAUAGAGCAGGAACGCAGGCGGGCAGAAGAGAGGGUUCGACUAGAGGAAGAGCAAAGAAAAGCCCAGGAGGCUUUACAACACCAGGCGCGGUUAAGGAAGGAAGAGAUCGAAUCGAACCAGACCGUCCAUCGAGUUACGAGGCGUUGUCCAAAAUGUAGAGUCCCCAUCCAAAAGAACGGGGGCUGGUGA